UUUAAUGUCAAUUCCUCAUAUUAACAAUAAUAGUACAACUAAAAUAAUGCAAUCAAAUUCGUCAGAACCUAAUUUACUUCUUAUAAGAAGUAAAACUAGAAUGUUAAUAUUUUACAAAAUGUACUGGAAAACAAUUUUAUUUUUGGCAACACCAUUAUUGUUGCUUCCAUUAUAUUUCAUUGGCGCAAAUAAUGCAUACCCAUGUUUAUAUGUAUUUCUCGUGACAGCUGUUUAUUGGAGUACAGACGUCGCUCACCCAGUUAUUAUCUCACUGGCAGCAUUGGCUUUAUCUUCAAUCUUCUCAUUUUUCGACAUCGAAAUUAUAACAUCGAUCUACGUAACCAGAUCAUUACUGGACUGCUUGGGAGUUAUGAUGAUAAAUGUGGCAAUCGAAUACUGCAACGUUCACAAGAGAAUCGCGUUGAGAAUAAUUCUUAUGUUUGGCUGCUCGCAUUACAGGCUCAGCUUUAUUUUAUUCUUCAGUACGCUGGUGCUCUCCAUGUGGGUAUCUAAUGUGAUCACAUGCGGUGUUAUGAUUCCCCUCGUCAGGUCCAUCCUAAUGGAAUUAGAAAAGCUCGGCAUUAUUGAAGUGUACGAAAAUAUAGACAAGGACAGAAGAUCAACGCAAAUAUACAAACCUACAUUGUUCACGUCAUUUUACUUUUUAGGUAUCGCGUAUUCAUCUUCAAUUGGUGGCAUGGCAACACUUUUCGGUAGUCGCACAAAUCAAAUUUUCAAGACUAUUUUUGAAACGACAUUCCCUACUGCACCAAAGAUUGAAUUUCCUCAUUUUAUGCUGCUCAACCUGCCUGCCGCUUUGCUGCUAGAGAUACUCGUCUACUUGUGGCUGAACUUCUACUUUUUAGGAAUGUUUAGGUCCUACCGAGACGCGUCAUUACAGAUGAGCAUGACUGACGAAGAAACUCAAUACAUGAACACCUUAUUGUCCACCAGAUACCAGCAAUUGGGCAAAGUUACUUUUCACGAAGCGGUCGUAUCUGCUGUUAUAGUUUUAGCUGCAGCAUUACAAGUGACAAGUAAUACAUUGUUCACGGCAUAUUCAUAUCAUGAGUCAGUCAUGAGCCAUAUCAAGCUUUCGGCUCCAUCGAUGGUGUGUGUAGUACUGCUGUUUAUUAUACCAAUAAAUUUGGAUUUCACGAAAUUCUUCAAGAAACGCACCGGCAAUUUGGAGCUUCAGACAGCACCGAGUAAAACUUGCCUCAAUUGGAGCCUCGUUAAAGAUAGUGUACCGUGGAGUGUACUGUUUGUAAUUGGUAGCAGUAACACAGUAUUCGAAGCUCUAGAACAGUCGAAGAUGACUCAAGAAUUGGAGAAGUUUUUUCUAAUUUUUACCAGCUGGUCGGCGCCUGCAGCCGCACUCAUUGUCAUCGUUCUCUGCAAAACGCUCACAGAGUUUGCAUGCAACUCCAGUGUGGCGCACGCGUUGCUGCCCCAUAUCGCUAGAGUGUGCGUAAUAUCAAAAGUGAACCCGCAAUACCUGAUGUUAUCGGCGACGCUCGCGUCUUCUUUACCCUUCCACCUGAUGACGGGCACGCCCGCCAAUGCUAUGGUACUGGCUUACGUCCAUAUCCCGCCAAAAGUUAUGAUGCUUGCAGGCUUCGGACCUUCAGUACUAGCAGUUCUCACCGUGUGGUUCACUGUCACAAUGUGGUCUAAAGCAAUAUGGCCCGACAUACUUCUGUUCCCAAAAUGGGCGGAGGUCAAUUCAUUGGAGUAAAUAAUAUUGUAAGCGAUUAAUAGCUUUAACUUUACACAUUUUAGAUGUUUUUUUAAACUUGG